AUGUCCAAGAAAGCAGGCACUCCUGCUUACGCGCCGGUCUACGUGGAGAGCAAGCUCUUAAAGCUUGACGACGUGUCGGUCGCCCAUGAUUCCGGCCAUCGGGACGUCGAUGAGGAUCGUGUCCUGGAGUUGUAUGAGAAGGUGAUUUUGGCCGGUCGUUGGGGCCAGGCUUCGUUGUCCCGACCGAAGCUGAGGUAUGAUCCUGCUGGUCGUCCUAUGGCCGCAUCUGAUGGCCGGUCGAAGCUGGCAGAUGGCAAGCACUGUAUCGCAGCGUUGAAGAAAGCUGCUGAGACGGUCGCUCAGUCCGAUGAUGCAACGCAGCUCGAGUGGUACACAGGUGAGAUCAAGGACAUUCUGACGGUCGGAAUGCGUUUUGAUUGCAUCAAAUUCUUGGAUGAUGAUGAGGCGGCGGUCAAGCUCUUCUACACCAUGGCCCAUGAGCAGGAGGCCAACAAGUUGCGGACGACGUCGGUCGAGCACAAGAUCAAACUUGUGCGUGCUUAUGUCGCCAAAGACGCCGAGAACGCCAUGGUGGAAAUUUUGGGCAAGUCACGCCGGUCAACAAUCCACAACUGGUGCAAAGCGACUGCAGUGUUAAAAGAGCCGGUCCUGAUCAAGCUGAAGGAGAAGCCCGACCUGCCACAGGGACUUGUUUUCACGAACAAGUACUUCGUCGGUCAAGGAGAAGAGACACGCUUCCUCCUGGAACCCGAGCAGCAGAUUGCUGCUCUGCAGCUUUUCUAUGACUUCUGUGACGGUCGCGGGACGGUCUCUUCCAUACCGACCUUCAUGUCUGACUUUUGUGCCCCAAUGUUGAAGGCACAGUUGUGGUGUCAGUUGGUCAUGAAGAAGUACUCGUCGGUCGUGAGCCGCCUACCAGCGUAUGACCGCUGUCAGAAGAUGCUGUGGAGUGAGCGUGGACGGACGUGCAUGCGUCUUGGCGUCGGUCUGUCUGGUGACCCGAAGAUCGAGGGCAGUGGCAUCCCUGAGUGUGUGUCGGUCCUCCAAGGGUUGAAGAAUCUGGCCGCUGGUCGUGCAGUGGAUGAAGCCGAAAGUGCUGUGGAUGCGGCCAAAGCAACGGUCACAGAGCACAAGCUGGUCGUUGAGGGGGGAGACGACGAGUCUGGGAUCUUGGCUGACGACAUCACGAUGGAGGCCCCACUGGUGGAGAAGGAUCCUGUUCUUGAAAAAGCUGAGGAGCUCGGCUUGUCGGUCCGCUCCAACAUUCAUCUGUUUCAUGACAUGAAGACCUUUGGUGAUGGCUUCGUCGGUCUAUGCCGGGCGACGACCCGUGGCGGCAUUUACAUCGAUGAGGCCACGUCGAAGGCCAAGAUCAUUUUGGGGGACAUGGCAGAGUUGUGGAAGGUCGUCACGUCGGUCGUAGAUCGGCAAUACGUGUCCAUGGGCAUCUUCUGUGGAAAGCGCCACGACUUAGUGACGUUGGUCGUGACAGGGACGGUCGACCCUCCAUUGAAGCGCCUUCGAGUCAAAACCUUCUUGAAAAACUUAGAUCAGAGCCGGUCGCGAUGGAAGCAGAUGUCAAAAAAGGAGAAACAACCCUUUGUGGACGCGGCGGUCAAGGAUCACAGAAAGCACAACGCCCUCAAGAGGGAGCUCGCUCAUCCUCCAGUGGAAGUCGACUCGCCGGUCAGAGACCCGAAGCCUGAGAAUGAUAGUGACCAGCAGCCACCGGUCGAUGAGAACCUCGUCAAUGAAUUGAGGUUCUCCUUUGAAGGCAUGGCACUUUCCAGUCGGUCGACCCUGGGACAAGGCGCCCAUGGCACAGUUUACCGCUGUGAAAACUUGAUGGGAACGGAGUUCGCAGUGAAGUUGCCGGUCGGCAGCAGGGACGUGAAGAGGGAGCUAGACGUUCUCCUCAGUCUACGCCACCCAGCCAUCCUGCAUUGUUAUGGGCCAGUCAUGUCGGUCGACGGAGGUCUCGUGGGCCUUCUUUUGGAGUAUGUGCCGGUGACAUUGGACGCUUGGCUGAAGACGCAGCCCAAGGCCGCAAAGUGCCCACACAAAUGGCAUCUGAUGGUCGAUCUUGCACAUGGACUCCAGUAUCUGCACUGUCACAAGCUUGUGCACUGUGAUGUGAAGCCACAGAACAUACUUGUCGGUCCUGCCCCCCAUGUUCGAGCCCGCUGGGCAGACUUCGGCCUCACUGAGCCGGUCGGGACAGCUGUCUAUGGUGACGAGGUGUACUCUGCAGCGUACAGACCUCCGGGUCACAGGAACCCGGUCGUGCUGUAUGACAUGUCCUUCAUCAAUUCCCGAAUUGAUAAGAACGUGCCGGUCGUCUCUGGCGCUCAAGAAGACAUAAGAGCUUUCUUGAAAAAGCUGCCGAACGAGCGACAGCAGCUGAGGCUUUUCAUUAUUGCUGCAGAGGCGUACGUCAUCACCUUCACUGCCGGUCCAGAACAGUCCCGGAAUCGUCGACCGACUUACAUGGUCUAUUCACAGUCGGAGUUGUCGGUCUCUGCGAAGGAGGUGGUGCCGAGCCAUGUGACUGUCAACAAAUGCCGGUCAUUUGCCUAUGAGAAGUUACAGAUGCGCUGCACCGACUACAAUUGCAAGCUCAGGCCGUGCAAACCCAUGACAGACAUGCCGGCCCAUCCCACAGAGGAGUUGCCGGUCAGUGACCAAGAGCAGCCAGAGGAUAGCAAGACGUUGGACACCACAGAGGAAGCCGGUCCUGACACACAGGCGGUCGAAGCGUCCGUCGACAAGAAGUAUCCUGUGGAUUUGUGGUUGGUGGCCAAAUGCUGGGAUCACCAUGCGUCGGUCGUGCGAGAAGUCUUCCGUGGUGAUCAGUGCAGGUGGAUGGCGGUCUCCACACGCACAGCCCAUCCUUCCAUCUUCGUUGGGGUCCAGUCGGUCGUCUCCACAGUCAUAGGAAUGCAUGUUAAGCUCAGGCACUCCAUGGCACAUGGCCGAGUCUUGCUCGACGACAUGUGCACCGCCCUGAAACUGGAUGAAGCUAGCCGGUCAUUGAACUUGAAGCGCAAGGUGACAGACAUCCCGUGUGUGCCGGUCUUUAACCCCUAUGCAGCAGAGGGCUCAGUGUUCAAGCUGUUGGAGAUUCCGGUCGAGAGCACCUGGCGAAAUGGUAUCAACAAGUCGGUUGCCAACUACAAUGACAUGGAGAAGAAAUGCAACGAUCUCACACAUGAGGAGCUGGUCAAGUAUGACCUGGGAUUGUCGGUCAUCGACGGUCAUGUUGCACUCAUCACGACUGUCCCUAAAAAGGAGGGGGACUUGAUAUGCACAUGCAGUGCUUUGCAUUUCGACAACAUGGCAAGCCUCUUGUCGGUCGUGAACUCCGACAAAGUGAACCUCGCCAAGAAUCCUGUGCUCAGGACGGACUGCGUCGGUUUGACAGAGGAUCGCUCCUCGUCGGUCUGGUCACUGUUAAUUGGGGCUGCUAGCCACGUCGCCCCGCUCAGUAAAGCCGCAAAGCGAGCAAACGCGGCCUUCAACUUUGACAUCAGCCAGGGCGCCUCUGACGGUCUCAUCGCAUUGGUCGUCAAGACACGGAAUGGGUGUGGCAUUGCUGCAAAGUCGGUCGUGUCGGUCGACCUGGGUCCAGACUAUGAUCCGUCACAAGCCACGCCGGUCGAGCUCGCUGCCAGCAAGAAGCAGUUCAUGGAUAAGUGGUUUCAGGAGCCUGUGAAUGAGCCGCCGGUCAAGGAAGAGACAACAGUGGAGCCAGCUGGCAAAAAACCCCGAACCUCAGAGGCCAAGGCCAAGCCUUCGCCGGUCGCACCGGCUCCGGUCACUCCGGCUCCCGCUACUGGUCCAGUGCCGGUCGACAAGCCAGCCCCGUCUGCUGCAGCUGAGACUUCGCCGCCGGUCGUCAAAGCUGAUGUAACAGCCCCGGAGCCGGAGCUGAACCCUGCGUCGGUCGCCAAUUUCAUCGUGGGUGAUGCCACGUUUCGCUUGGACUUGCAGAACUUGAGGAUCCUUUUGCCGGUCGGAACCUCCACCAACAAGAGGCUGCCUCCAGGCACAAUUGUGUACACUCUGGAUUGCAGCGCCGGUCGUUUCCGCAAAAACUCCAGUGCUGUCGGUCUGGAGUACAAGCUGACCUCUUCGAAGGACAAGGUCAUUGUCAAUGGGAAGCAAGUGACGGUCGCAGACGCGGUCGCCAGCCUCAAGUCGAACUCCGUUUGGGAGCACAUCCCGCCUUCCUUCACCCAAGGUUCCCUCCCAUCGGCCGGUCUGAAACCUAACCAGCAGAUGGUUUGGGUUCCAGGAGAUGACGCGUCGGUCGUGAUGGCCCAGCUCAACAAGGCCACGGAUGCUUCUUGGAGGUGGGUGAUGAAAAAUGGCAGCAAAGGGAGUCUCACGCCGGUCAAAGCUUGCCUAGUGAUCGACAAACAGCUGAUCAUUCCCGGCAAGCCGGGACAUCUCGGCUUGCUUGUCGGUCGCGAAGUCGGUCACUGA